UAUUUUCUUUUUUGCUUCCAAUUCAGCACCAUCUAUUUUGGGGUUUCUAUAUAGAUCAUUAACCAUCUGGGUGGACUCAUUUUGUAGAUAUGGUCAUUUAAUUUAAAUCUGUGAUUUAAUCAGUGUAAAUAUACAAACGGAGUCUGCAAAUACAUAAUACUCAAGCAAAAUCUACUACAAGUUGUUGUGAACAGUGACAGUCAUGGUUUCACUGCUUGUAGUGGCUGUAUUUGUCCUCCAGGGGGCUGUAUUUCAGUCCCCUCAGGCUGCAGCAUUCAAAAUCCUUCCUGCCGAUGGAUCCCUCACCCAUCAUCAAAUCACUGAGGCAGCUUUCCUCCGCAAGAUGGCGGAAGUGUGUCGUGACGUAGCCACUGCCCGGGGGAAAGAAUUUACACUACCUAUCAACAACAAACUGACUCCAACUACCGUCCAGAGAGCCUGCUCAAAUGCAUAUUCCACCUUAUUAAAACUGGCCACUUUCUAUCUAGCUGUUACUCACAUUUCCCUUAGCAAUGCAGCUGUGUAUAGAAAGCAGUUCAGUACUGCUCAUCAUUUUGAUAAUGAAGAUUUCAAAAAUGGACGGGACCUCAUCACUCUGGGUGUAGCUGCUGUGAAAAUCAACAUCGGAAAGGGGAACUAUUUGUCUGCCCGGACCAGUCUUGGGGCUGUGUUGCAUACUUUACAGGAUUUCUAUAGCCACAGUAACUGGGUGGAACUGGGAGAAACGGCUCCUUUCAGCACUCUCAUCAAACCUGAGGCUCCUCUCGACAGACUAGCAGGUCCGAAUACAAAAACAUGUAAAAGCUGUGUUGGAGAAGACUGCAGUGACAACAUUCUCCCAGAGGUACAGCAGCAGAAAAUAUUAACUUCAGGAUAUUUCAGCCUGAUUUCCCCAUUCAAACCUGCAGGCAAAUGUAGCCAUGGUGGCCUUCUUGACUUGACCAGUUAUAAAGAACCCACUGGAGGCAUCAAUAAGGAUGACAUCAGUUCAAAACAUGGCUUCCUUCACCUCCAUGCUGCUGAAAUGGCCAUCAACGCCACAAUGGAGCUACUGGAAAACAUCCGACUGGACACAGGCGACCAAGCCUUUCUUCGGUUGAUGGGCCUGACUCAGACUUCAGUUCUGGCUUUUGUAUUUGACAUCUCAGGCAGUUUGUCUGGUUACAUUGAAGUGUUCAAGCAAGUGUGCUUAAGUAUCAUAGACAGCAGGAAAGGAACAUCGGAGGAACCUUUAGAAUACAUUCUAGUCACAUUUGGCCAGGGUUUUGGAUCUCUGAUAAAGACUGCAAAUGCAGACACAUUCAAAGAACAUAUUAAUUCCCUUUCAGCAUCAGUUGGUGAAAACAUCUUAGACAUGUUCCUGUCAUCACUCCUGUUGACACUGACACAAGCUCCUCCAUCAUCAGACAUUUUUGUUUUAACUGAUGCUUCAGCAAAGAACACAGAAUUAAAAAAUGCAGUUGAGGCCAUGAUAGAAAGCACCAAGUCAAAAGUCAACUUCCUGCUUGCAAGCUCCAUCUCAUUACAUGAAAAGGAUGUCUUGCCAACAAGUUUACUGUCUCUGUCAGACAUACAGUUGUACAGAGACCUGGCCCGUGUUUCUGGCGGACAGACCAUAGAGGUCACAAGCACAACAUUGUCUCAAGCCAAUGCAGUCAUUACAGAUGCCAUCACUGCUGACUUGGUGACUGUUCUUCAGGUAAAAAGAAGUUCAGCCAAGGCAGAAAACUUUUCUUUUGUGCUGGAUCCAACUCUGUCCAACACGACAGUGUAUGUCACUGGAGACUCUCUAGUCUUUACCCUCUACAGCCCCACAGGUAUGUCUCAGUCAAGUUCAGUGUCAGAUGGUCCUCUGGGCAGCAUCCAGACUGUUGGGAAUUUAAGGAGAGUAAAAAUUAACUCUAACAACCAGACAGGGGAAUGGAAGAUCAGUAUAAACUCCACGAGCUCCUACACUCUCAAAGUCAUUGGUCAGAGUUCUGUAGACAUCAUCUCUUACUUUGUGGAGAUAGUUGAGGGAGGCCAUGGAGACUCAUGGGGACAGAGUUUCACCCGCCCUUUUAUUGGUCGGAGUGCUACUUUCUACGUCUCUGUGACUGGAAGAGAUUCAGUCUCAGUAACUGACGUGCUUCUAGUUGAAGCUUCAGGAUCUGCUGUUGUUAAUGGAACCAUCAAAUCUGUUGGUGCGACAGACUUCCUGGUCAACAUAGACAGAAUCCCAGAGUGGGCGUUUGUGGUCCAGCUGAAAGGGCUGUUGAAUGACUCGUCAUUGGUUAGUCGAUUUCAGAGGCAGUCACCCACCCAGUAUAAAGGAUCUAGAAUAACCAUCAUGGCCCAAUCACAGAACACUACACAGCCAGGAGUCCCAUUCAGUCUCAACUUUACAGUGGCCACUAAUACUACAGGCGGCAACUACACUAUCAGAGCUCGGACUGACCAGGGCUUCAGCGUGUCUUUCCCCAGCUCUCUGACCCUGGGAACAGGGGGAAGCGCUCAAGGAAGUGUCACACUGACUGCACCCUCCAACACAGAGUCAGGGACGGAUGUCACACUCACUAUUGAGGCAGAAGCUCCAGGAUCCACUGAUCUGAAUUAUGUCACACUGCGACUCACUGUCUCC